AGAAAUCUAGUUUAGUAAGCUAAAGCUAACUUAAAAAGGUUUAUAAAAAAAGGAGUACCAGUUCAAACUAAAAUGAAAUAUAUAAUUUGCAAAAUACAUUUGAUAUGAAACUAUAAUAAACUAUUACGUAACAACGUCCCAUGCCAUUAGUAAAUGUCUCACUUUAAGUUUGUUCACAGGUUAUACGUUAACCAAAAAUACAAAAGAGAAUGUUUGACUUUUCUACAAAUUUCAUCUCUCCUCCUCCCUCGUUCUUCUGUCAUAGAGGCAGAUCUGUCUCUGCACAUAUCAUUUUACAACAUUACAAUCUCAAUCACUAUAAAAGUGGUGUCUUACUAAAAAAUAAUAAUGCUGUCGCUCUGUAAGCGACAGCCCUUGCAUGCGCCACACAAAGGUGAAAGGUCACAUUUGUGGAAGUGUGUGUUUGUUGGUGGCUGGCUAACAAAUGCAUCAAAAGGGAAAUAAGUUGACACACCAUAAAGUUGAUAUGGAAAACUUGUUAGCUAACUUUUUUUCUUAAAAAUGUUUUAUUUUGAAAACCUGACCGGAUUCUCUCCCAAUUACAUGCGCUUUUCCCUCUUGCCACAAUUUCCAAGCGUUUUGUUUGCCGUGCGCACCCCCCGUCGGCGAUUAUUACCCGUUCGUUGUUUUUUUUCUGCCACACCUUCAACACAGCAACAAAAACAUCAAACCGGAACAGGAAAGAAGAAUGAUGAGAGUCAUGGAGAAACAAUGAAGGAAGUUAUAAAAGUGUCCUCUGAGCUGUGAAGUAUUUAAGAGCAACGUAAGAUUUGACACGUCCUACACAUUCUCAUGCUCACACACAGAGAACAUCGUAAAUACAACAUAGACAAGAAAUUAUCAUAGUCAGGUUUAUCCAAGAAAAAGUCAAAUGAAAGCGAUGUUCGGACCAGUCAUUUUCCAUUUACUCCUGUUCUGCGCAUCCCAGACAUUUGGUGUCCGGAUCCAGUCUGACCCAGCAGUCACCAGUGACGGUGUUAUUCACACAGAGCUGGAACAGACCGUGUCUCUGGUUUGUCAGCUUGACGGCGGCCAUGAACCUCCGGUCGACGAAGAGCUGGUGUGGCUGAGGAAUGGCGCCGUCGUCAGUCUGACAGAAGGAAAUAAGAAGGGUCAAAGCAGCGUGUGUGUUACACCCGUCAUCUAUGGAGAUAAUGGGGCUACUUUCACCUGCCACCUGAGCAAAAACGCCACAGUUACGGCCUCAGUAACACUGAACGUCACAUAUCACCCACAGCUCUCUGGUUCGGAGGAAGUUGCAGUAGAAGAAGAGGCAGAGCUCGUCCUGCAGUGCGACAGCUGGGCCAAUCCCCCUGUCUCCUCUCUGUCUUGGACACUGAAUGGAAGCGUGGUGGACCUAAUAGCAGGUGGAUUCACGUUGACCAAUGACGGCUUCACGAGCAAGCUCACCGCCGACUUUGUGGAGAAAGGCUUGCAUGAAGGCACGUAUCAGUGCAUAGCAACGUCUCCCAUCUACGGUGAAAGCAGCAGGCAAUUCAGAGUCACAGUGACAGAAAAGACAUUGAAGCUGCCACUGAAUCCCAUAAUAGCAGGGGUGGUGGUGGUGGGCCUUACCGCGAUUCUUGCUGUCGUUUCACGGUGGGAUAAAAUUACUAAGUGCUGCAGGUAGGCUGUCCCGGCUGAUGUGACCAGUACAACAACCCAAAUUAAGGCAUGGUGUCAUCUGGCAAUCAUGAGGCACCUUUUGGACCUUGUGUUGACUGCUUCAUUGGAAAAUUGGGCUCUGGUUUUUCAGAGAAGCCUACUCAGUUUGUAUUUUAUUUUGCAUGCAUGGGGCUGUGAUGACCCAUGAACCAAUUCUAUCAUAUUUUCCUCCUUCUUUAAGGAAUAUUUUGUCAUUUUCUGCAAAAUUCUUGACGUAUAUGCUUCCAUACUGAGCAUUUGAAGACCAAAUGUACUCUCUUACAGAGUUUCUGUGGUAAAUAUAAUAGGUUUUCACUAUUGCACUAUCCUGAUGUCAAACCACAAGAUGCAUGUUUAGCGCUGGUUGAACAAGUUAGUUCUACUACACACGUUAACUCCUCAAAGUUAAAAGGUGCUUGGGAGGUGCAGGUAUGUGGAUUAUGUUACCUUUAGACACUGCCAGGUAGUUGUAUCUACUAUUUGUUUAUGUGCCAAAUUAAACUAACUGCCUGGUGGCCGUAACUUUUUUUAUGGGACAGACAUUAGAAUCUUUGCAGUAAACCAAAUAAUAAGUAUUGCUCCAAUCUAAAAUCAUCCAAAAUGCAACAUGUUAUCUAUCCAUUGUGUCAUCUUUAGAUUGGGGCACAGACUCAAUAUGAACUUGAGGAAAUCGUUAAACGUGUCAGUUUUCACAUUUUGAUGCACUUCUGCCUGUUUCUUGUUAUCAACUUUGCAAUACAAUUUAUUUUGUUUCCUUGUCACGGUGAUCUGUAGUUGUGACAUUAGCACUGAACUUUAACUUCUGACUCAACAAUGUAAUAAAGACUUUAA